GGAUGGCGGUGCUGGGCAGCUACUGCGAGGGCAACAGCUCCAUCGCGCAGGCCUGGGUGCAGCAGGGCUUCCAGCCGUGCUUCUUCUUCACGCUGGUGCCCGCCGUGCUGCUGAGCGUGUGCCUGCUGCUGGGCGCGCUGCAGUCCGCGUGCUACGCGCGCUGCGGCCGCGCCAUGGAGCCCAAGUACAUCCCCCGCUCGCGCCUCUACCGCGGCCAGGUGCUGCUGUCGCUGCUGCUGGCCCUGCAGCCCCUGGGCGGGCUGCUCUGGCAGCUGGGCGGCCCGGGACGGCUCUACGGCUACAUGGUGCUGCACGCCGGCCUCUGGGCGCUCAGCUGGGCCGCCGCCGUGGCCCUGCUGCAGCUGGAGCACACGCGGGUGCUGGUGCGUGACCGGACGCGGGGCCACGGCACCGUCCUGCUGCUCUUCUGGGCGCUGGCCUUCGCGGCCGAGAACCUCGCCUUGGUGUCCUGGAGGAGCCCGCUGUGGUGGUGGGCGCUGGAGGACACCAACCAGAAGGUGCAGUUCAGCCUGUGGCUGCUGCGUUACAUCUGCACCUUCACGCUCUUUGUCCUGGGCAUGAAGGCGCCCGGGCUGCCCCGCAAGCCCUACAUGCUGCUGGUGAAUGAGGAGGAGCGCGAUGUGGAGAACACGCAGCCUCUGCUGCCGGAGGCCGGCAGGACCACGUCCACGUGGAAGGAUUUCCGGAGGAAGCUGCGGCUGCUGGUGCAGUACAUGUGGCCGAGGGGCAACCGGCUGCUGCAGGGGCUGGUGCUCUUCUGCAUGGCGCUCAUGGGGCUCGAACGGGCCAUCAACGUCUUCGUGCCCAUCUACUACAAGAACAUCGUGAACGAGCUCACGGGCGGUGCUCCCUGGCACACCCUGGCCUGGACCGUCUGCAUCUACGUGGCGUUGAAGUUCCUGCAGGGUGGAGGUGCUGGCGCCACCGGCUUCCUGAGCAACCUGCGCACGUUCCUGUGGGUCUGGGUGCAGCAGUUCACCAACCGGCAGGUGCAGGUGCAGCUCUUCGCCCACCUGCACGGCCUGUCGCUGCGCUGGCACCUGGGCCGCCGCACGGGCGAGGUGCUGCGCAGCGUGGACCGCGGCACCAGCAGCAUCAACAGCCUGCUCAGCUACGUCGUCUUCAGCAUCGUCCCCACCAUUGCAGACAUCGUGAUCGGCAUCAUCUAUUUCACCUCGGCCUUCAGCGCCUGGUUCGGCCUCAUCAUCUUCAUGUGCAUGAGCCUGUACUUGACUCUCACCAUCCUCAUCACGGAGUGGAGGACCAAGUACCGGCGGGACAUGAACACGCGGGACAACGAGGCCAAGUCCCGGGCCGUGGACUCGCUGCUCAACUUUGAGACGGUCAAGUACUACAACGCCGAGAGCUACGAGGUGAACCGCUUCAAUGAGGCCAUCCGCAAGUACCAGGUCUCCGAGUGGAAAGUUAGCGCCUCGCUGGGCCUCCUCAACCAAACGCAGAACCUGGUCAUCGGCCUGGGGCUGCUGGCGGGGUCCCUGCUCUGUGCCUACUUUGUCACGGAGCACAAGCUGCAGGUGGGAGACUUUGUCCUCUUCGGCACCUACAUCAUCCAGCUCUACACACCGCUCAACUGGUUUGGGACUUACUACAGGAUGAUCCAGACCUCCUUCAUUGACAUGGAGAACAUGUUUGAGCUCUUCAAUGAGGAGCAGGAGGUGAAGGAUGCGGUCAACGCUGGGGAUCUGCGCUUGGAGGCCGGGCGCAUCGAGUUUGAGAACGUGCACUUCAGCUACGUGGAGGGGAAGGAGAUCCUGCAUGACGUCUCCUUCUCYGUGAUGCCUGGGCAGACCUUGGCCCUGGUGGGGCCUUCGGGCUCAGGGAAGAGCACCAUCAUCCGCCUGCUGUUCCGCUUCUACGACGUGUGGGGCGGCUGCAUCCGCAUCGACGGGCAGGACAUCUCCCAGGUGAAGCAGGCGUCGCUGCGCGCCCACAUYGGCGUGGUGCCCCAGGACACGGUCCUCUUCAACGACACCAUCUCCAACAACAUCCGCUACGGACGGGUCUCAGCCACCGAUGAGGAGGUGCAGGAGGCAGCGCGGGCUGCUGACAUCCACGACCGCAUCCUCUCCUUCCCCGAUGGAUACAGCACCCAGGUGGGGGAGCGGGGGCUCAAGCUGAGCGGGGGCGAGAAGCAGCGCGUGGCCAUCGCGCGCACCAUCCUGAAGGGGCCCCGCAUCAUCCUGCUGGACGAGGCCACGUCCGCGCUCGACACGGAGACCGAGCGGAACAUCCAGGCCUCCCUAGCCAAGGUCUGCGCCCACCGCACCAGCAUCGUYGUGGCACACAGGCUCUCCACGGUGGUGGGCGCAGACCAGAUCCUGGUGCUCAAGGAGGGCCGCGUGGUGGAGCGAGGCAGGCACGAGGAGCUGCUGCAGAAGGGGGGUGUCUACGCCAGCAUGUGGCUGCAGCAGCAGGCCGGCGAGGACGGCGACGGCAAGGAGUGCGGCACCGAGAAGGCCCCGGGCAGCAGCAAGGGGCAGUGAGCGCGGCCGGGCGCUCUGCUGUGACACUGAACCAGGACCCGGCGCCCGCGGGGCUGCAGACUGUUUGCUGGGAGCUGCGGGGACUGGGCCGGACACUCCGCUGCGGUUGUACCCGUGUGUUUUGCUGUGUGUAGUUCCUUAAACCAGGUCCUCCCCA